CCGGAAGUGGAGCGGGGAGGGUUACUGGGCGUCUCCAGGCGGAAGUGGAGCUGUCGGGGAAAGGCGGCGGCGAGGAGGCGAGCGGGAGAAGGAGCCGCGCCCUGAGCCACUGCGCGAGGUGCUGAAAGAUGACAGAGCUGCAGAGCCUUGUUGAACGACUGGAGAAAGCGGUGGGGCGACUGGAGAUGGCGUCUCGUGGUCCUGGCGUGCACGGUAGCCAUGGGGACAGCCCCCCAAAAGGAGUCGCUGAGUUUGUGCAAGCUUUUGAUGAGCUCUUGGCAGGUCCAGUGGCUGCAUACAUGAAGAUCAGCAGAGAAAUUGGCAGCGAAGUCCAAACACACGCUGAGAUGGUCCAUGCUGGAUUGAUAACCGAGAGAACUCUUUUGGUGACAGCCUCACAGUGCCAGCAGCCCAUAGCAAGUAACUUCUCCGUCGUGUUGAAGCCAAUAUCGGAUCAGAUCCAAGUGGUCCAGAACUUCAGGGAGAAGAACCGUGGCAGCAAAUUCUUCAACCACCUCUCGACAGUUAGCGAAAGCAUCCCUGCGCUAGGCUGGGUCGCCAUGGCCCCCAAGCCAGGCCCUUAUGUGAAGGAAAUGACAGAUGCCGCCAUGUUUUACAGCAAUCGAGUCCUUAAAGAAUAUAAAGAUGUCGAUAAGAAGCACGUGGACUGGGUGAAGGCUUAUCUCAGUAUCUGGACUGAGCUGCAGGUGUACAUCAAGCAGUACCAUACCACUGGACUCACCUGGAGCAAAACGGGACCUCAGCCGACUGAUGCGGCGAAUGGAUCUCGGGCUCCUGCUUAUGGUGGCCCUCCACCUCCUCCGCCUGGCCCGCCUCCCCCUCCAGCACCCGCCUCCCCAAAUUCUGGUUCAGAUUCCUCUACCUCCCGCUCAGCGCUGUUUGCUCAGAUCAACCAAGGAGAAGCCAUCACUUCUGGCUUGAAACACGUGUCCGAUGCGAUGAAGACCCACAAAAACCCAUCGCUGAAAAGCCAAGGGGGUCCUGUACGAACGGGACCCAAACCGUUCACAGUUGCCAAGCCUGCCUGCCCAGUCAACAUUUCCUCCAAAUUGCCUGCAAAGAAGGAGCCUCCCGUGCUGGAGUUAGAAGGCAAGAAGUGGAGAGUGGAGAACCAAGAGAAUGCCUCCAACUUGGUGAUCAGCGACACGGAGUUGAAGCAGGUGGCCUACGUCUACAAAUGUGUGAACAGUACACUCCGUAUCCAAGGCAAGAUCAACUCCAUCACACUGGAUAACUGUAAGAAGCUUGGGCUAGUAUUUGAUGAUGUGGUGGGCAUUGUUGAGAUAAUCAACAGCCGUGAUGUUCAAAUUCAGGUAAUGGGUAAAGUGCCAACCAUUUCUAUCAACAAGACAGACGGUUGUCAGGUCUACUUGAGCAAGGGCUCUCUAGACUGCGAGAUUGUUAGUGCCAUCUCGGAGAUGAACGUUCUUGUUCCGACAGACGGCGGUGACUUUAACGAAUUUCCUGUCCCAGAACAAUUCAAGACCCAGUGGAACGGGCGGAAGUUGGUCACCACGGUGACGGAAAUCGCCGGAUAAGAUGGCCUGGUGCUUCAUGACCUCCCCUUCCUCUACCAUCACUGUGGGACAAAACAAAAAUUGCUUUCUGGGGGCCGGCUUUUAGAUUCCUUGUCCCAUUAUUAUUAUUUUUUUUCCAACUCUCAGUCUGCUUCUGUCUUCUGAAAGUCCUGCCUCCCUCCCCUCACGGAAAAUACCUCAGGCUGGGAUUCGGGGUAGGGCGGCAGGUUCAUUCCAAUUCUCUCCCUUGACUGGCAGGAAGGUGUGGCAUUCACUCCCCACUCCCUUGGCCAGGCAACACCCGUCUUGUCCGAUCGAUGUUAGGUGUCAAGCAGGCAGGCACCAAGGAAGUGUCAGUUAAACGAGGAACAUUGGGGGAAGGGGGUAAAGUUUCUUUCAGGAUAUGGUACCUCCCCCCCCCUUUAUAAAUGUAUGAAGUAUGCUUGAUAGGCAUAAAUUGGGGGACUCCAAGGGAAUUACUUCUGUUCAACUAAUCUCACCAAGAGAUGCUGAAAAUAGCUUUGCUGGACCAAAGGCUGAAAACGGGAUGUGUAACAUUCCUUCUCCCCUAUUGUCCCCCCUUCUUGUGUUGUCCAUGUAAAUUCUGUGUUGUGCCAUGAUGUGGGGGGGGGAGGAAGGGGGGAAACUGCCCCCCCCAGUACAGGUGCCACAAGAUUGGAACAAAUUCUCCUUCCUGGGCACCUGUCCAGCAGUUCGAAAGCUGCCCCUCGACCCCUUCCAUUCAAGCCUUCCUACAAAGGGAAAAUUGUACCCGAGAGGCCUCUUUUGAACAAAUGAACACUGUUCAGGACAGUUUUUCCCAGAAUCUGUAUCAGGUUGGGUUCCCCCCCCCCAGGGCAGAAUUAAUUCUCCAUUCCAAGAGAAGUAUUUAAUUGUUUGUAAGCACAAUUCCAUGGUGUUUUGGUUCUAUUGCUCACUGGCAUUUAUUAUAGCCCCCUAGCAUUCGGGCAACCCCUCCCUCUCUUUAGCUAGCUCUCCCUGCUGCUCAUCUGCAGAAAGUUUCGUGUCACACAGCACUCUGGUGAUGGCGCCCAGGUUGAAGGCAUGGUACUGUAAUGACCCACUACGGGGAGCUGCCUGUCUUAACUGUAGUAAUGCAGAUAGUCUCUUCCCCCCCACCCCCCUUUUUUGCCACGUUUUUGAGUUUUCCACUUGAAAAUUUAACAGAAGAUAUGCAACUCUUAUUUUGAAAACUGUCCUGUGACUCUUUACUUCUCUCCUGAGGCUUGUGGAAUAUUAAAAAAAAAAAUCUUUCUUAUGUACUUAAAAUUAUACUGAAGAUAGAAUAAAGUUAAUGCCAAGUUGCUCAUAA